AUGCAGAACGAGUGGUUAGACAUAGGAGAUUUUUGCAUCCCAUUAGCAUUAAAAUGGCGCACUUUAAUUUAUGAUUGGUCGCCAGCAUUGCUAAAAUUCUAUCUCAAUGCGUUCCAGAUGACUCUCCCAGAUCAGAGAAAUUUAGUAAGAUGGGGUAAAAGUACCGAAAAAACUUGCUAUAUCUGUGGAAAGGCAGUUGGAACUGCUAAGCAUCUGCUGGUGGGAUGUAAGGUACUCCUGGACAGCGGUCAAUACUCGCGUCGUCACGAUAGGGUUCUAGAAGUCAUACGUGAAGCGGUUAGUCUUUCGGUAGCCAGAGCGCAAAAGGAAAUAACCACAAACGAACGAUCAGUAGGUUUUGUGAGAGAAGGCACUAGGGCUACAAAAUCAAACGUCAAGCCUUACUCCAUCCUUAAAGCGGCGUCGGAUUGGACUAUAAUGAUGGACACGUAUGAAAAGCAAUAUAAAAUCCCCGAGGAUAUUUGUGCGUCGGACUCCAGACCGGAUAUAUUUUUGUUUUCGCGAAUUUUAAAGCGCGUAGUGAUGAUAGAGCUUACGGUCCCUUGGGAAACCAACAUCCCCAAAGACCAUACCAUCAAGGUCAACAAAUAUUACGAGCUCACAAACGAACUCACUCGAAAUAGGUUCGUAGUAGAUUUGUACGCGGUAGAGGUGGGAGCGAGAGGUAUAACAGCGAAAUCUCUCUACAACCUACUAAAGGACUUGGGCUUGUCCAGAACUCACAUUAAUGCAUUCUUGGAACGUAUAUCGAAGGCAGCCCUAGUAGGUUCUUUUCAAAUUUGGUUAGGUAGGGAGAGGAGCUUGGACAGUGGAGGUGAGCGUAUAACGCUCGUUACAUGA